UGCGUACACUGGCCCCUGCCUAAUUGGUAUGGGUUUGAGCUCUGAGAUGGACAAUGUUUGGUGUGGUGAAACAACAGACUGGUUGGGGUCGCAAGCAAAGCUGCUGUGGACCUCCAAGUUCCACCAUGGGGAUGGGGAGAGCCUGGGGUUUGCCCAUCGGGAUGAGUUGAGCAGGACCUAUGGACAGAACCAAGAGCCGAGCAGAGGGUCCCCCUCCACAUCCAGCCUUGAGGAGGGGAAUGAGGAGACACUGAGUAGCCCCCCCAACAGCACCUAUCCCAAAAUCACCACCUGGGAAGCAGGAUGGAAUGUAACCAAUGCCAUUCAGGGUAUCUUUGUUCUUGGCCUGCCUUAUGCUCUGCUUCAGAGUGGCUACCUGGGAUUGCUACUGCUCGUUCUCGCUGCGGUCAUUUGCAACUACACAGGUAAGACCCUUGUAUCCUGUCUGUACGAGGAUGACGAGGAGGGGCGCCCCAUGCGUGUGCGGAACACCUACGAGGACAUUGCCAACGCCUGCUGCAAGCGCCUGUGCCCCCUGCUGGGUGGCCGGGUGGUGAACGCAGCCCAGGUGGUGGAGCUGAUGAUGACCUGCAUCCUCUACCUGGUGGUCAGCACCAACCUGAUGGGUCACUGCCUCGCCUUUCUCCCGUUGCCCCCGGCCGCCUGCUCCGUGCUGACCCUCCUAACGCUGGUGCCCUGCAUGCUGAUCCGGGACAUGAGGGUGGUGUCCAGGCUCAGCCUGCUGUGCUCCCUGGCCCAGUUCCUCGUCACCUUUAUCGUGAUGGCCUACUGCCUGCGCCAAGCCCAGCGCUGGUCCUGGAGGACGACGGUCCUCCCGGUGAACUUCGAGAAGUUCCUGGUGUCUGUCGGGGUCAUCAUCUUCAGCUACACCUCCCAGAUCUUUCUGCCCACCCUGGAGGGGAGCAUGGUGGACAAGGGGGACUUCUCCGACAUGAUGAGCUGGACUCACUGCCUGGCUUGUGUGCUGAAGACCACCUUCUCUGUGCUGGCCUUCCUCACCUGGGGUGAGGACACCAAAGAGGUGAUCACUGAUAACCUCCCCUCUAGUCUUUGCAUGGUGGUCAACCUGUGCCUCUUGGCCAAGGCCCUCCUCUCCUAUCCCUUACCCUUCUACGCUGCAGCCGAGGUGCUCCAGAGCUGCGUUCUGAGGCUGGAGGCGGCGCCGGUGGGCGUGGAGACGGGAACCCUGAUCCUACGGGCCUGUCUCUUGUUGGUUACCUUCCUCAUGGCUCUCUACAUGCCCCACUUUUCCCUGCUCAUGGGACUGACGGGCAGCGUGACCGGGGCGGCCAUGACCUUCAUCCUGCCCUCUCUCUUCCACCUGCAGCUCAAGUGGACCACCAUGAGUAGUAGGCUCAAGGCCCUGGACCUUGUCAUCCUAACCCUGGGCUCUCUAUGUAGUUUAUCUGGCGUGGUUUGCUCCAUCAAGGGAUUGGUUCAGGCUGUUAGAGGUUGAUCCACUGUACCCAGUCUUUCUAUUUACCUGUCAGUGCAUAAGGCGUAAUGAUAGUAUAAUUGUCUGAAAAACCAAGCCUUUGUGUGUUCGACUAUAAUUGGUGUAUUUGAGUGUUUGACACCAAGGCAUCUUGAUUGUAAAUGGUCGUAAACAAUCUAAUAUGUGCAGAUGUUUGCUUUGCUGGUUAUCAUGACGAAGUCAUUAUGAUUUCUAACUAGUUUGUCUAUAGCAUGACUCACAGUCUGUUGCUGAUUACCAUUAAAGUACACUUGAAACUGAAAUAUAUGGCAAUUCAUAUACAAUGGAUUAAAAGUGUGUUGCAUUAUGGGAUUGUCAGCUUUAGGCCUACAUGUUGACUGCAUGAAAAAACAGGUAGUCCUGGUUUGCUGUUGUUACUCUUACUACUCAUCAGCUUCAUCCUGCAGCCAGAAUCAGCAUUACUGCAAAGCUUUAUUGGCAUCCAGUCAUUAGAAUUUUUUUUCUCAACCCCUUG